AUGGCGCCCACGUUCCUUCAGUCUGCUUUUGCGUCGUUGCUCCUGUUGACUUCUUCUAUCACUUCCGCCACUGCUCGUGCCACCCUUGCUCAUAGGCAUAUUCAUCAUCAAGUAAGCAAGCGAGACCUCCCGAUCGCAACCAAUCUUCCAGACCCAUGGACCCACCAAGGCUGCUAUACCGAUGCCAUCGGCAGCCGGACGCUGUCGAGUGCUUUUUAUGGUGAUGGUAACACCAUGACUAGUGCAUCGUGCAUUGCUUUUUGUGCUCAAGGAGGCUAUAGUUACGCAGGCACCGAGUACGCCUCGGAAUGCUUCUGUGGGAACAAGCUCGCGAGUAUAUCAACCCUCGCAAGUGACAGCGAAUGCAACAUGGGUUGCACUGGUCAGAAUACGACUCAGUGUGGUGGUCCAAACAGAUUGACUACCUUUUGGAACGGCCAGGCUCCUCCAACGGGUCCUUUCGAGAAUACUGGAGUGAAUGGUUGGACUCCACUGGGAUGCUAUACCGAUGGGGUUGCGAAUCGUACACUCACAACUAUCAUGCCCACUACUGGAGGACAGGCAGCUCUGACGGUCGCGCUUUGUACCUCGGCAUGCCAGCAGGCGGGUUUCAUUCUCGCCGGGGUCGAGUAUGGCUCUGAAUGUUUUUGCGGUAAUGAGACAGCUAAUGGCGGGGCUCCAGCACCAGGCACCAACACUGGUUGCAACAUGGCCUGCAAUGGCAACAAAACCGAGCUCUGUGGAGGACCUGACAGAUUGAGCUUGUUCGGCUACAAAGGCGCUCAACCAACUGGCUGGGGGUACCAGGGCUGCUACAUCGACAAUGCCCAGGGCCGCAUUCUUACCAAACAACAGCCCGAUAGCACCACCAACACUGUCGCGAAAUGUAUCGCUACCUGCCAAAGUCUUGGCUACAGUGUGGCAGGAAUGCAAUACUCCUCCCAGUGCUUCUGCGAUGACUUCCUUUACAACGGAGCCGCCCUGACGUCAGAUUCUGACUGCAAUAUGCCGUGCAGUGGGAAGUCGACAGAAAUGUGCGGCGCUGGAAACCGGAUGAGCGUCUAUUCCAACGAUACCCUGCGGGUUUACCAACCACCUGCUGUGCAAAAAACCAAUCUGCCUGGCAACUGGCAAUAUCAGGGGUGUCUCCACGAUCUGGCCGAUCCACGGUCCUUGAAAUAUCAGCUCAUUUUGGAAACCAAUAACACUGCAGAGAAUUGCCUCAGCCAAUGCUCCAAAUUCGGCUAUGGUGCUGGAGGGAUGGAAUACGGUCUUGAGUGUUGGUGCGGUGACGAGGCUACUGUGAAAAGCUUAGGCAGGACCUUCUAUCCCGAAUCAGACUGCAAUAUGCCCUGCCCUGGCAAUGCCAGCACCAUCUGUGGCUCCGGAAAUAGGAUGUCUUACUAUACUUGGACCGGCACACCUUUGAACAGCUGGGACUUCCCAACUGGCACCGCUGCGGGUAAAUAUGAGUUCUUGCUUGGCGGCGUUGUCAUUCCUCUAAUUACCACCCUGGCUAUCAACGGCAAGGUCACCUUCAUCGAGAAAUAUGGAACUGGAGCAGUCAAUACCACUGGCGCUUACGAGUUAGACGUGGCUCAGGUUAACAACUUUACCGGCGCUUGGAGACCGAUGCAUGUGAAGACGGACGUCUUCUGUGCUGCUGGUCUGACCCUCCCCGACAAGGCUGGAAGGCAGAUCAAUGUUGGAGGUUGGGCCAACGAUGAUACCUUUGGUGUGAGACUGUACACUCCUGAUGGCUCGCCAGGUGUCUGGGGUGUGAAUGACUGGGAAGAGAAUGUCAAGGAAGUGCGCCUUCAGGCCGGCCGAUGGUAUCCCACAGGAAUGAUCAUGGCCAAUGGGUCUAUCCUUGUUGUCGGUGGCCAGGAGGGAGCCAACGGUGCUCCUGUACCUUCGCUCGAAAUUCUCCCCAAGCCAGCCGGCGGCACUGUUCAAUACUGCGAUUGGCUUCAGCGCACCGACCCCAACAACCUCUAUCCGUACCUUGCCGUCCUCCCAAGCGGCGGAGUCUUUGUCGCAUACUACAACGAGGCAAGAAUACUUGACGAGAUAAGCUUAGAGACCGUCAAGACACUUGAGAACAUUCCCGCCGCUGUUAACGAUCCCAAAGGUGGACGCACAUAUCCCUUCGAAGGCACUGCGGUCUUAAUGCCCCAACACGCUCCCUACACCGACCCGUUGACCGUUAUGAUAUGUGGUGGCACUACGCCUGGCCCAGAAAUUGCGCUUGACAAUUGUGUCUCUGUUGCACCAGAAGAGGCCGAUCCGAAAUGGACUAUUGAACGAAUGCCGUCGCCUCGUGUCAUUUCGUGCAUGACUGCACUUCCUGAUGGAACUUACUUGAUCCUCAAUGGCGGUCAACAGGGUCGUGCUGGGUUCGGGCUAACGGUCAAUCCGAACCACAACGCUGUGCUGUAUGAUCCUCGAAAGCCAGUCAAUCAACGUAUGAGCGUGAUGGCAAACACCACCAUUGAUCGCCUCUACCACUCUGAAGCUAUCCUUCUUCAGGACGGACGUGUUUUGGUAUCGGGUUCAGAUCCUCAAGAUGUGCGCUUUGAGCAAGAAUACCGAGUCGAAGUCUUCCUGCCGCCAUACCUCCUGUCAGGUGCCAAACAACCAGAAUUCACUAUCGUGAAUAACCAGACCUCUUUCGGCUAUGGCGAGACCAUCACCCUCAAUGUUAGACAGUAUCAAGGCACUGCUGGUGACAUCAAGGUUUCCAUGAUGGGUGCAGAUUCAAGCACACAUGGCAACAGCAUGGGCCAGAGAACCAUCUUCCCUGCUGUCUCCUGUUCAGGCACCACCUGUACUGUAACGACACCGCCCAACGCCAAUGUCAGCCCACCAGGCUGGCAUCAGCUUUUCGUUCUGGAUGGUCCUACUCCAUCCCAUUCGAAAUGGAUCAGAGUGGGUGGAGAUCCAGCAGGUCUGGGCAACUGGCCUGACUUCCCGGACUUCACGAAACCUGGCGUCUAA